UAUUAUAGAGUUCAAUACGAAAUGAAAUUGUUCAAGCGUAUCUCAUGACAUCACACGUCACACGUGGUACAUACGAUGCCAUCUAUGCUUGCACACGUACACAUAUGCGUAUAACACUAGUUCGACGUAUACGUGAUUAGCGGCCAAUGUCGCCAUGAUUUAUUUGGCUUGACAUCCGUGAUACGACGUUUCGUCGCGAUGCUUCCACCUUCCGAUGGCGUUCAUUGACGGCGGUUAUGAGAAUUGCGGAAAGGAACGAGCGAGGAGAUUGUUCGCGAUGCGAGAUCAGUGUUCUCGUCGUGAGCAUGGGCGUCUAAUACGCGUGACAGUGUUAUCGGUGUACAUACCUGUAUAUAACGUAGAUUUUUCAUUUCCCCGCAAUGCGUACCUGAUUUAAUUAGCACGCUUGAUCGCUGUAUGCUUGUCAAAUCCACGUCGAAAUAUACGCGCGAUGUCCUCUCUGCGGAAGAAGGCGAACAAAAAGUCAAUGACCAGGAAAAGCGAAAGCCUUGUAGGAGAUGUGACCAUUGAUGACUUUGCUAAUACUUUACGAAUUCGUGCAAGACUCAAGAAAUCGAUUACAAAUGUCUCCAAUGAAGUGAAACAAGAAGCAACGAUACAAUUGGAAAAAUCUACAUGGGACAAUAUGGACGAGGAGAAUUUAUUGCAAGAUAAUCUAAUAGAAAGCGAUCACAAAGCUGUGUCUGGUAAUGCAAGAAGGAAUAGAAGAAAGUUAAAAUGUCAAGAGGCUAAAGAUAAAGAGGAAGGGAUUGAUUAUCCAUUGGACAUAUGGUUUAUUAUCUCAGAAUAUAUACGACCUGAAGCAGUAGGAAAGUUUGCACGGAUUUGCAAAAGUUCUCGCUAUGUUACCACCACUGCAAAAUUUUGGUUUCAUUUAUAUAAAUCAUAUUACAAAUUUGUACCAAAUUUACCUGAACAUUUGCAGCCACAAUGUAUGAGAUUACAUGGAUUAAGAGCUUAUGUUAUCAGGGCAUUACAUUACAGUUAUUUUACAUCAUUGUUGCAACGGGAAGUAGACAAUAUGUCUUAUUUACGACAAGAGGAACCACAUUCUCUCGUGAAAAGAAAAUGCAUUCUUAUGUGGCACAAAGAAGGAAAAGUACGAUGGUAUUUCUACUUUAAACUGAAGGAAAUUUCCAAAACACGUAAUAAUCCAUUAAAACAAAAUAUACAACAAUGUGAUACUGAAUUUCUCGAAAUGUUGGAAGAUGUGGCCGUUAAUCCUGAAGAGGGUUGCAAAGUGCUUAGGGUAACUUGCUUAAAAUAUAGUAUGUUACCGCCGGUAAUUGGAUUAGUUUUACAAACAGUGUCUAUGAAUUUAAUGCCUGGCUUUAGAGAACACCGACUUCAACUUGGAUUCGGAACGUCGGAUGUUCCUAGUACAUUAACGAACCAAGUAAUACUUCGUGAUGUUACCGAAUACCGCAUCUUAGAUUGGUGGGAUCCCACCUAUCCUCAUCAGGACGCGAAUUACACAAUCGAAUUAUUGACAAGUGACUCUUGGGAUUAGAGCUUAUUGUACAGAUUGUUCUUAUAUUUUGUGUAUGGAAAAAUAGAGAAACUUUUAAAUUUUGUAAGACAAAUAUAUCUCAACAUGAUGAAUGCAAAACAG